AUAUUAUUGAGGUCGUGUUUUGAAAAGUGUUGGGAGUUGCUUGCUUUGCUUUUUGGCGAAGUGAUUAGAUUGGGUGAGAGAAGAAAUCGACGGCUGAGGGUUGUUGAGAUCAACGGUGGUCCGGUGACCGGCGAAGUGGGCAGGGGCAUCAGCGAUCCCCCAACUCCCAAGAAACCGUUUUCCUCUCUUCUUCGCCGCCGUCGCCCUAUCUUCGGCCGGCACUUUAACUUCCCGGGGAUCCCUUUAGCUCACUCGCUCUAGGGUUUCUUUUUUCCUUUUUUUUUCUUUUCUUUUUCGCAUUUCUUGUUGCGUGAGGCCCGUGCUAUUUCAGUGUGAAUCCCUGAUUUGGGCGUUGUUUCCUUUUGUGAGGAAUGGCGUUGCUGCUAGGGUUUUGAUUUUACCCAGUCGAGCUGCUGGAUAGCGCUGGAAGAUUUGUAAUUUAGGGUUCUUUUUGUUUCGUUUUAAUUUACUUGGAGAGUUUGUUUGGAAUUAGGGUUUUCAGUGUGAUUCAGUAUGCCGAGAAGUUCGAGGCACAAAUCUACUAGACAUGGGUUGAAGGAUGCUAGGGAAUCCUCAGACUCGGAAAAUGAUUCCAGUCUGAGGGAUCGGAAGGGCAGAGAGAGUGGGAGUAGGGUAUCGAAGGACACUGCUUCUAGUGAGAAGCGCAGAUUCGAUUCCAAGGAUACAAAAGACUUCUACGGCUCUGAGAAUCUGGAAGCGGAAGAGCACGGACAUUCGAAGCGCCGUAAGGAGAGGUAUGAUGAGGGAACGACUGAUAGGUGGAAUGGGGGAAGCGAUGAGGAGCAUGGUGUUCCUUCCAAAAAGUCAAAACCGUCGGUGGAUUCAAAGAGCAAGAGGAGGGACGAGAGUGUUGUAUUGCAGGGUGAUGGCGAAGAACUCAAGAAGAAUAGUGGAAAGGGCGAGGGAAGGCACCGCGAGUCGAGCCGAAAGGAGGGUCGGUAUGGUGGAGGGGAAAGGGAAAGGGAGAGGGAUAGGGAGAAGGAAAGAAAAGGCAGAGAAGGUAGAAGUGACAGGGUGGUUGCAAGCGAAGAACACCGAGUUGAAAAGCAAGUGGAAAGGAGCACAGAGAAUGUGUUGCAUAGCCCUGGAUUAGAGAAUCACCUGGAGGUACGAGUAAGGAAGAGAGCUGGUUCUUUUGAUGGGGAUAAACAUAAAGAUGAUAUAGGAGAUGUGGAACAUAGACAGCUAUCCACAAAGAAUGAUGUUGUGAAGGAUGGAAGACGAAAGAAUGAGAAGCAUAAGGAUGAGAGAAAUAGGGACAAGCACCGGGAAGAUACUGAUAGGGAUGGCAAGGAAAGAUAUGAGCAACCUGUAAAAGAUCACAUCAGCAGGUCAAAUGGCAGAGAUUUGAGAGAUGAGAAGGAUGCUAUGGAUGUGCACCAUAAGAGAAACAAGCCUCAAGAUAGUGAUCUUGAUCGAGAGGUAACCAAAGCCAAACGUGAGGGCGAUCUAGAUGCCAUGCGUGAUCAAGAUCAUGAUCGCCACCAUGUGUAUGAACGUGAUCAUGAUCAAGAGAGUAGGCGUAGACGCGAUCGCGAUCGCGACCGUGAUCGGGAUGGGAGACAGGAUCGUAGUCGGAGCCGUGCUCGUGACCGUUACUCUGAUUAUGAAUGUGACGUUGACCGUGAUGGAUCACAUCUUGAGGAUCAGUACACAAAAUAUGUCGAUAGUAGGGGAAAGAAAAGAUCUCCACAUGAUCAUGAUGAUUCUGUUGAUGCUAGAUCUAAAAGUUUGAAGAAUAGUCACCACCAUGCAAAUGAAGAAAAGAAAUCUUUAAGCAGUGAUAAAGUGGACUCAGACGUUGAGAGAGGAAAAUCUCAAUCACAAUCUCGUCAUGCUGAUGUUAGUUUAAGCAGCCAUAGACGAAAGAGUUCACCCAGUUCUCUGUCACGUGGUGGCAUAAAUGAAUACAGGCAUCAAGACCAGGAAGAUUUGAGAGACCGAUACCCAAAAAAGGAAGAGAGGUCCAAGUCCAUUUCUACUAGAGAUAAAGGUGUUCUGUCAGGAGUACAAGAUAAGAGUUCCAAGUACACUUAUUCGGAUAAAACUGGUGAAACAGAUGGUGGCAAUGCUAUUGAACUGUCACGAGAUAGGUCUUUAAAUUGUAAGAAUGUUGACAUUGAAGAAAGUGGACGAAGGCACAACACUUCUAUUGAUGCCAAAGACCUCUCCUCUAAUAAGGAUAGGCAUAGCUGGGAAUUACAAGGAGAGAAGCUUCCACCUCCGAUGGAUGGUUCGUCUCUGGCAGAGCCCUAUUUUAGCAAAGGUAGUCAGAGCAAUCCAUCACCAUUCCAUCCACGCCCUGGUUUUAGGGGUGGAAUUGACAUUCCUUUUGAUGGUUCACUAGAAGAUGAUGGCAGACUCAAUUCUAAUAGCCGUUUCAGAAGGGGCAAUGAUCCGGGUAGAAUACAUGGAAACACUUGGAGAGGCAUUCCAAACUGGACAGCACCACUACCAAAUGGCUUUAUCCCUUUCCAGCAUGGACCUCCUCAUGGAAAUUUCCAAUCAAUUAUGCCACAGUUUCCUGCACCACCUUUGUUUGGUAUCAGGCCUCCACUUGAAAUCAAUCACUCUGGAAUUCCUUAUCGGCUGCCUGAUGCUGAAAGAUUUCCCAGUCACAUGCAUCCACUAGGGUGGCAGAAUAUGUUGGAUGGUUCAAGCCCUUCUCACUUACAUGGAUGGGAAGGAAAUAACGGCAUGUUUAGGUAUGAAUCUCACAUUUAUAGCGGAGCGGAAUGGGAUGAGAACAGACAGAUGGUGAAUGGUCGAGGAUGGGAGUCCAAAGCUGAAAUGUGGAAGAGACAGAGUGGUUCCCUGAAAAGGGAAUUACCUUCCCAUUUUCAGAAGGAUGAGCGUUCGGUGCAAGAUCCUGUUGAUGAUGUAUCAAAUAGGGAGGUGUGUGAUGAGAGUGCUGACACUAUUUUGACAAAAACUUCUGAAAUAAGGCCUAAGAUGCCUUCUGUAAAGGAAAGCCCCAACACUUCUGAACUACUCUCUGAAACACCAACUCCUCUUGAACAGUCGAUGGAUGAUAAUUCUAAACUUAGUUGUUCUUAUCUUUCUAAGCUUAAGAUUUCCACAGAACUUUCAUAUCCUGAUUUGUACCACCAGUGUCAGAGAUUAAUGGAUAUUGAGCACUGCGUGACUGCAGAUGAGGAAACUGUUGCUUACAUAGUACUUGAGGGUGGCAUGGGAGCAGUGUCCAUCUCUUCGAAUAGUGCGCAUCAGUCAUUUUUCCAUCUAAACAAGAGCUCGGUUUUUCAGCACGCAAUGAACUUGUACAAAAAGCAGAGAAUGGAAAUGAAGGAUAUGCGAGCUAUUUCUGGGGAAAAGGAAUCCUCAGAAAGGACACUUCAAGAGAAGGGGAUGCAAGUUGAUUCUGAGGGAAUGCCUUCCUCUGAGAGGAGACUUGAAGAGAACGGCUUCAAUUUCAAUAGUGAAGAAGUUAAGGCUCCUGUUUCAACUGUUGGUGAGGAAAUAGCACAGGCACCUAUCAUAACCGCGAGCAAUUCAACCGAAGUUGAGGCGACUGAUGCAUUGGUGGAAUUGGAGGAUUUGGCUUCAACAACUGCCAGUCAAGUGGUCAAGUGUCCUGAAAACCCAGAGGAGUCAUUACCAGUUACCAAUUCAACCGAAGUGGUUACGAUGGCUUUGGAGCAGCAGCAGGCAAACUUAGACGCCAAAAAGGAUACCAUUGCUGUACCAGUUGACAACAUACCAGUCAACGACACCGACAAACUGAGUAACAUCGAGAUGAAGGGGAUUGUGAAGGGCAAAGAUUCAACGCGAUGUGGAGUUGGUAAAUCUUGUAUUGAGAAUGCAACUUUAUCUUUUGGAGAUGAAAUAGGGGAGAGGUGUGAGGAGGAGGAGGAGGAGGAGGAGGGGGGGUUAAUGGCUGCUAUGUCAAUUGGGUCUGAGGCUUUAAUUUUGAGUCAGAUGCAUCAUUCUCCUGAAAGUACACAUUGAAACAAUUUAAAUAUCGCUGCUUUUUCUUAUUUCGUAGUUAAGUUAUUGAUCUUUCUAUUAUUGUUGCUUUAUGUUUCUGCAAGGAAUAAAAUUUCCUACUGUUCUGCAUC